AUGACUCCAUUUGGCGCAGGAUUGCGUUCGACUCAACAUGCAGCAGAUCUCGAAGAACUGGAGCGCUUGAAUGUCUCAUUACUGGACCAGUUCCAUAAAUUGAGUGACUUAAACAAUGUCAACUAUUCAGCAGAUAAAGUCAUCAAAGAACAUAUUUCACAUUUGAAAAGGUAUAAUGAGCUUCGAGACACUGGUUUGGCCCUAGCCCAAAUGAUCGCGGACGAAAAAAAUUGUAAGAUCAAGGAAGUUUUUGAAGAAAUGAACUACGAUAUGAGUGAUAAGCUAUGA